ACUUCAAACUAAUUCCACUACUAGCCAGAAAGAUUUCAAGAAAGCCGGCUCCUUUUCGUGAUUCUCAACGAGAGAUGGCGGCGGUGAGAGUGGCGGCGGAUUACCCGAAGAAGCGGGCGGGUCGGCGGGUGUUCAAGGAGACGAGGCACCCGGUUUACAGGGGUGUGCGGAGGAGGAACAACGACAAGUGGGUCUGCGAGCUCCGCGACCCGAACCGGAACUCGAGGCGGAUCUGGCUGGGCUCGUACCCGACUCCGGAAAUGGCGGCCCGGGCUCAUGACGUGGCGGCGCUGGCCUUCCGCGGGGUGUCCGCGUGUCUCAACUUCGCCGACUCGGCCUGGAGGCUUCCCCUGCCGGUUUCCGCGGAGGCAGGGGAUGUCAGGAAGGCUGCUGCUCUUGCGGCGGAGAUGUUCCGGGGCUUGGAAUCCGGAUCGGAUCAGGAUUUGGAUUUUGGUGAAGAUAGUAACGAUGGAGAGGAGGAGGAGAAGAAGAGAAGUUAUUGCUUUGUGGAUGAAGAAGCGAUAUUUGAUGUUCACGGGUUGAUCGCCGGGCUCGCGGAAGGGCUUCUAAUCCCUCCACCGGAUUAUGUUCAGGCGGAUGAAGAAGAAGAUGAAGGGAGCUGUUUUGAUCCAUUGGUUCUCUGGAAUUAUUCUAUUUAAGCCAGCGUAUAUAUAUAGUUACAUCGUCGCAAAAGGGUUGAUCGCCGAUAUUAGCAUCUUGGGAUUGGAGUUGAUUUGUAGCUGGGAACUGUUUAUGGUCUCUGUUUUGAUUUUGUCACAGUGAAUCGUACAUUUGAUUAUACUUGUAGAUGUGGAUGUAAAUGUUCUUGGACAGUUAUACUCUCUGUUUUUUUCUGUUAUUGAAACAGAGGGAGUUGUGUGGCAAUAUAUACAUUGGGUAUUAAUCUCAAAUUGGUGAUGUGAUUUGGUGGUGUAACUUUCUGAAAUAUUCCAGAUGAGUAGAGAUGAUUUUUCAGAGAUUUAGGACUUGGUCUUUGAUAGGGUUUACGUGGUCCUUGUUUCCACUUUCAGUGGACUCCGAUGAUUGGAGUGUGAAUGAAUGGAGUUUAUAGGC